AUGGUCGUGCACGUGCGCAAUCCGCACGAGGGGCGCAAGACGGAGGACGUGGCGCGGGAGAUGGUGGGCCGGCGGACGUUUGUGGGGUGGCCGUUUUUGCAGGAGGGGACGGUGGUUGCGGUGUCGGAUUCGCUGUUCAAGUAUGAGGUGAUGCGGGUGGCGCCGGGGGCGCCGGAGAGAGUGGUGAGCACGCCGCAUGCGCCGCAGGCGCUGAGCCAUUGGAAGGGGAAGGCGGAGCGGAUUGAGAGUUUUUAUUCGAAGAAGUGUGGGGUUAUUACGGGGGAUGUGGAUGUGCUUGUGCAUGUGAGGCCGCUCAAGGGUCUGAAGCGUCUGGAGAGCGGCGCGUUCGUGAAGGACUACGAAGGGCCGGAGAAGGAGAUGGAGCAGGCGGCGCAGAUGGUCCUCUCCGAGGUCGCGUGCGAGGACCCGCGGUUUAUGGAGAAGGAGGCGCCCGCGCUCGCGGACGAGUUCCCCGAGGGCUCGAACAUCUUUUUCCUCGGCGAGCACGCGUACGGCACCGCCGCGCGCGUAUCCAAGACGGAGGAGACCACGCUCUCGAUUGUACUUGCCUUUAUACCGGCGUCCAAGGAUGAAUCCGAGCGCUUCCGUGAGGUUGUGCGUAACCGCGUCUCGCACGAGUACUUUUUAGCGCACAAGGCCGCGUCGAUGCUCGGCAUGUCCGGACGUGCGCUGUCGCGCAUCACGUCGAGCUUCAUGGUGCUCGAGCCCGGCGCCGGGGGUGGCAAGGCGAAUAUCGGGCUGAGUCUCAAGUUCGAGGCGAAGGCGCUCAAGGUGAUUAAUUGGAGUCGCAAGGAGGGCAGGCAGUGGGAGUUUAGUGAUCGGGCUGUGGAUCUGAUUAGGGAGUAUAAGGCGAAGUUCCCGGAGGUGUUCAGGUGUCUUGAUCAGAAUGGGGACGCUAUGACGCGGGUGGAGGAUAUAUGGCCUGAGAAUUCGCAUGCUCAGUUGAAAGAGGUGAAGGUGUGGUUGAAGGAGAAGGGCGUCAAGGACUUUGAGCCUGUCUCACUGUUCUCUGAUCAGCUCGACAAGGCGACCGUCGGCCAGCUCGAGGAGCUCGCCAACGACGUCGCGAAAACUGCACAAUCGACCGCAUACAAGAAAGCCAUCGUCAAAGGCAUCCCGCGGCACGCUGUGCUCAAGCCCCAGCACGCCGUCUACCGGCUGCAGAACCAGCGCUUCGUGCUCGGCGACCGCGUCACGAUGGUGCAGGACUCGGGCUCCGUGCCCAUGGCCGUGAAAGGCGUCGUCAUCGGACUCAACUCGAAAUCGAUGGACGUGCUGUGGGACGUUGCGUUCAUGGCGGGGACGACGCUCGGCGACCGGUGCUCGUCGUACAGGGGCAGCACGGUCGAGUUUGCGAGCUGUUUGAAUCUGACGCAGCCCCAGUUUAUUGCGUCGACUGCGCCGGGCUCGAAGCCGCCGCCGAGGCCGACGCAGGCGUUCCAGCCGAGGGCGGGGCCGUAUCCCGCGGUGAGGCCGCCGCAGGGGCAGCAGGCUGUUGCGGGGUUCAGGUCGGCGCAACCCGAGCGCGGUGGUCGUGGUCGUGGCGGGUUCCCGCCUCGCGGUGGACCACCGCAUCAACACCCGCAUGCGCAUGUUCCUCACCGAGGUGGAUAUGUGCCGCGUGGUGGGCAUGGGCCGAGGGGUGGACGGGGUGGACCAAGGGGAGGGUUCAGGGGGCGUGGGGGUAUUGUGCAGACGCCCGCGUCGUAA